AUGGAGAAGAUUCUUGUUACCGAAGCACUUAUUCGUGAAGUUAUUAACUUUCCAGAUGAAGCAGAUUCGCCAACAAGAUUUCAGGAAAGAAUGGUGAAAGGCUGCAUGUUAAGAAUGGGAUAUCAGGGAGCUUUGAAUGCUGGAAAUUAUUUGAAGUCAAAGUUUACAAAGCCGUAUAAGUUCCUGAUUCACUGUGUAUUGAUGUCUUUGAGUCAUACAAAAGGAGGUUAUGAUGCGAUGCGUGACUAUCAAAUGAAUAUGGUUACUGCUUUAGUGCUAAACAAGAAAUACAACUUUUCACAUAUUGUGUUUCAUUACAUGGCAGAGAAUAUUACAUCAAAGAGCAAGACCUGGACGUAUCCGAGGUUCGUACAGAUGUUGAUUGAUCACGCGUAUCCUGAGAUUGACAGAAAUAUAAAGGAUGAUUUGUUGGUGCAAUCACAUAUGAACGAAGUUACAAUCAAACAGCUUGUGAGAUAUCACCCGAACCACCCUGAACCGAAAGUUAGUGCAGAAUUCUUUGGUUUCAUAAAAGAUGCAAACUACGUCGAUCCAGAUCCAGUUGAUCACCAGAACUGGAGAAAUGAAGCUGAAAUGAAAGAAGCGGCAUAUGCUGAAGAGUUGAAAGUUCUUGAAGAUUUCAAAAACACAAAGAAUGAGUGGUAUGUAAAAGAAACUGGGAGAAGACGCAGAAAGGCCACUCCUAUUGCUAAAAAGGAUGAAGGAUCUUCUUCACAACCAAAGAAGAAGCAAAAGAAAGCUGCUAAAACGUCUUUGAUCGAUGAACUUGAAGAAGAUGAACAGGUGGUCACUGUGGAAAAAGAAACAGUGAUAGCUGCGGAAGAUGAUCCAUUUAAUGUUGAUGAUUUAUUUGAUACUGAUGUCUUAGAGACAGGGCCAACAGUGGUUGCUGAUGUUGAUAAAGUUGUGACUGUUGAAGCUCAGAAAGGGAAAGACAAAGUUGUUGAUGAUAUUGAGGGAGAUGAUGUUGAUAAAGAUACCUCAAGCUCCUCGAGUUCUUCAGAUGAAGAGGUAGUAGAUGAAACCGAACGUCGAAAAAGAAUUCAAGUGGAGAUAGAAAAAGAGAAACAACUGAGGAAAAGAAAGAGGCAAGAAAAGGACGAUGAUGCUGCUUACGUUCCUUCCCCAGAACAUGUCUCUGAAUCACAAUCUCCUCCAGGUGGUAGAAAGAAAGCUGGAGCUCGUAAGAAAGUGGUUUCUCCAAAGAUUCGCAAAGUCACACCAAAGAUAUCAAAACCGAAGAUUGUGCUGAAGAAGAAACAAACCAAGGAAACCAAGAAACCACCUACACCACCACAUGAACCUACACCACCACAAUCACCAAUCCAAUCAUCACCCCGACAACCUACACCACCACAACAAUCCUCACCACCUAAACAACCAACACCUCCAAGACAACCAUCACCACUACAUCAUUCACCUCCACAACAACAAAUCCUUUUCACCUCACAAGAACUCUUUCAGACCCCUCCACUCACCCAAAUACAACCUGGUUCUUCUAGCAAAGGUCUUUAUACUCCACAUGAUAAUCUUGAAGAUAUCGGAGACUUCGGUUUUGCGAACAAUGAACAAGUGUUAAAGUUGGAGAAAAGGAUGGAUGAAGUGUUAGUGGAAAACAAGAAGCUAGUCGCUGAAAACAAGAAGGUGUCUGAUAGGGAGAAAAUUCUAAAAAUGCGUGUGAAGAAGUUGGAGAUUGAUAAUAAAGAGUUGGUGAAAAAGAUUGAUUCUGAUCAAUCAGAGAUUGACAUUUUGAAGGUAAAAAUUGCUGAGCUGGAAGAAGAAAAGGCUCGACGAGAUGAGCAAAAUGAGUAUUUCAAGUUGAAGAACAAAGAAUUUGAAGCAGCUAAAGCGUUAAGAGAUCAUGAGUUCUAUAUGCUGAAUAAAGUAGUGGAAAGCAUGCUCGGAACAUCAGUAGAGUAA